AUGCAAAAAAAGGCCACAGCAUUAGAAGGGCUAUACAUAAUUGAAGAUUUUAUUACAGAGACUGAAGAACAGGAAUUAAUACGAGCCAUCGAUUCAAGAAUCUGGUGUGGGAAUGGUGUUGCGAAAGUAAUACAAAACUUAGGACCGUUACCAACUUUUACUGAUUUUAUCAUUAAGCGAUUUAAACAACAAAAAAUUAUUGAUUUUGAAGAUGAACCAAAUAUGUGUAUUAUUAACGAGUAUGAAGCUGGACAAGCGCCAAGAUCUUUAUUAAUAAUGACAAAAUCUUCAAGAUAUGAUUACAAACAUUCCAUAUCUAAAGACAUUAUAGAAUGGUUUGACGGUGGUGAAAAUGGAGAAAAACAGGAAAUUAUUCGAAACAGAAGAGUUAGUUUAACAUUUAGAACUGUGCGUAAUCCUGAAGCAGAUGUGGCUAUAAAUAGUUGA